AAGAAAUGUUGGACUGGCCAGUAUCUAGGCUAGACUGAGUUCAGAGGCAUAGAGGAGACAACCAAAAUAGCUCACCGAGGCCCAAAUUUAUUUAUCCUCCGCCUCGGAAUUUGGCACUUUUCGGCCAAUGGUUGACAAAUCAAAGAAAUGAGGGCUUUGGGGAUUUAUUUCCGUUUCAGAUUCCACUGUAUUGCUGAAUUUCCUCCCCACCUCAGACACUGACAGCAGCAGCCAGGAGCGGAGUCCUGCUGUCCCGCUGAAUUAUCACGGCACCGAGGCGAGAUACGCAUGGAACAUGGCUGCUAUGAGGACUUUAACCGUGGCAGGUCUCUUUUUGGCAUUUUGCGCUUUGGGGCUGAUAGCAGUAGCGAUCAGCACUGACAACUGGUACGAGACCGACGCGAGGAGACACCGGGAACGCUGCAAGAAUUAUUCGAACAAAAGAAACGACCCCGGCUACAUAUACAUCUCCAACAGCAACCUUCCGCUUCGCAUGUUGCCAAAGGAGAAAAAUGUGGAGAGAAAGGGCUCCAGUGUCAGCGGCGAAAUGCUGCUGCGGGCCAAGCGGCACUUCUUGCCUCCUGCCCCGGCGAUGGAGUCCCUCUGCAGUCGGCAAUUCAACUCCACCAUCACCGGACUGUGGAGAAAGUGCCACCGAGAGGGAUUUGACUUGGAGACAGAGGAUUUGAUCUUUAAAGGAUUGGUUCCCCGCUGCACACCAAUAAAAUACUACUACUCAUCUUCAGCGCUCCCCAGAAAUCUGCCAAUCAACCUGACGAAGACAAUAAGGCAGGAUGAGUGGCACGCGCUCCACCUCCAGAGGAUGACUGCAAGCUUCAUAGGCAUGGCCAUAUCCAUCAUCCUGUUCGGCUGGAUCAUAGGCGUGCUGGGCUGCUGUAAGGAGCAUGAUCUGAUGCAGUAUGUCGCCGGACUUCUCUUCCUCAUGGGAGGGACAUGCUGCAUAAUCUCUCUCUGCACAUGUGUGGCUGGGAUCAACUUUGAACUGUCCCGCUAUCCUCGCUACAUGUUUGGCAUCCCAGAGGACAUCAGUCAUGGUUAUGGCUGGUCCAUGUUUUGUGCAUGGGGUGGACUGGGCCUGACGUUGCUGGCUGGCUUCCUGUGCACACUUGCUCCUUCCCUCUACCCUCCACACACCCCUGUGGUGCACAAGCCUAGGCAGGAGAACGGCUGCGUCUGACAGGCCGCUGCACAUCUAACAGACACCUGUCUCAUCCUGAAACAGUGAUGAGCCCUGUUCCAGAGACAGUUUUACCCAGGGACUCAGAGCAGAGAGAGCCUUCACACGGCUGGGCACAGAGAAAGCACAGGACAGUGGCUGCGGUCCACAUGAAAAUGAAAGAGAGGUGACAUUUGACUGAAGAUGAUUUCAGUUCCUCUGGUGCUUUUUUUCUGUCCCUCUUUAUGAAUGAACUGUUCAGUGUUAUUGCUUGCUCUUCAAGAGGAGAAUAGUUAUACAAAUUUCUUCCUGUAAAAUCUGCUAGUUUGAGAAGAAAAAAAGAGAAAAAGAAACACUGGCAGAAGACCCAUAGCACAACUUUGAAAUCUGUGUUGAAAAUCAAACCAUGGAUGUGUACUGUCACAUUUCAAAGGGCAACUGUGUAUCAUUAUGUACUCAUUCAAAACAUGAUAUGUACAUGUACUUUUUAAAUUGUAUGUAUGCAGAUGCAUUUGUGUUUAACCAAGGAAAAAUAUGAGCAUUAAGAUCAAACUGUGUUUGAAGGAAAUGUUUUGUUGUUCUUGAGGUCUUACCCCCAUCAAAAUAUUUUUGAAAAAUAAAACAGCCAUGCAAAACGAUUUUUUCCCCUGUGUAAGACACUGAACAGACAUUGUAUACACUUAUUUGUGCUUGUCUUACUCUUGCAUUGUGAGUUCAUUGGUAUCUCAGCAGGCAGAGGCCUGUUAAUCCAAUCAAAACCUUCACUGCACGAUUUCUUUAAAAAAAAUAGCAGCUGUUUAUAUUUCUGUGUUAAUAGGCGUCUGUUUUAUGCAACCACAUCUCAACACUUCAAUGUAUAAUUGUCAGUGAUCAAAGCUUGAGCCAGUAACCAAAACCAAGUGACAAAACACACAAAAAAAACAAACAAAAAACAAUCUAAAUAAAGCAGAACAGAAAAGGUGAAGUGACUGUCCGCUGUGCAUAACAGUGAAAUUAAACCUCCUUUUAUAAACAUCAGUGAUCCAUAACAAAAACACCAAAAGCUCACGGAUCACAUACUUUAAACAUCCUGGCAAUGGCACGGAUUUACACUUGUAUUAUGAUUGAUUUAUUAAAUGGUUUUUUUGUUU